AUGUCACGCAAGCCCGGCUUGGUGUCGCGGUCGUUGGAAUAUCGCGCGCCCGAAACGCCGCGCUUUCUUCAAGCGCUCGAGGCGCAAGUCGGCUCGAAUUCGCGCUACGCCUCGUGUGACUCGCGAGACCAACUGGAUUCGUUGGUGGCAUCUUGUUCGGCGCGCGAGCGCAAGCGAGCCACGCUGCAUGACAAAGACGACCAAGAUUUGGAUAGCGAGGAUGAACUGCUCGGUGCUCAGGUCGUCGUACUGAAGCCAGGCAAGCAUCUAUCGCGCGACGAGGCGAUCCGACUCAAGACGUCCGCUCCACAGCCCGAGUCACGCACCGCUCAAACGCACCACAUAGCCGUUGUUUCAAGUAGCCCAGGUACCAACACAGCUGCUACGUCAAGCAAGCGACGACGCAUUCCCAUCGACUCUGUCGACCAUGCACCGCACAACGCCACCGAUCCGCUCGACCACGUCAAGCAGCUCAUCCGCUCACCCUCCAAGAACAGCAAUCCCAACCCGAAACAAGACACGCGAAAGCCCAAAGCAAACACACUCCCCAACAAGCCCAAACCGCAGCCAGGCAAAGGGCUGAGUUUCAGCUUCGACGACGACGCAUAG